AUGUCCGACUUCAACACUCUGUACCAACAAGGUCUCUACCUUUCCCCUGGCCAGCAGGAUCUCCUCCUCGCCGCUCUCUCGUCGAACAACAAGCAGAAACCCAACGGUCAGGCACCAAAGCCCGGGUCAAAUCCUACCGAUACACCGGGUCAAGCGUCCACGGGAAGCUUUAGUGCGUCUCCGGCGUUCGAUGGCUCGAAUCACCAUUUCGACAACUUAAACUACGAUGAGAGCCCUUACCUUGACUUCAACCCAGAUCUCGAAUGGGACUUCCCCGGCUCGGACGAAAACCUGAUUGGUGAUCUGCCGGGAAGUGCAAUCUCGGACGAUCAUGAAGUCGGUGAUAAGCGAAAGGAUUCUGAAAGCACAAGCGAAGUCUCUGGAAAGAAACGAAGGGAAAGUGACGAUAAGAGCGAUGAAAAGGCAUCGAAGAAACCAGGAAGGAAGCCUUUAAUGUCAGAGCCGACGUCGAAGCGCAAGGCACAGAAUCGUGCAGCACAACGGGCAUUCCGCGAGCGAAAGGAGAAGCACUUGAAGGAUCUGGAAACAAAAGUAGACGAGCUGCAAAAGGAAUCCGACGACACUAAUCAGGAAAAUGGAUUGCUCAAAGCUCAAGUGGAGCGUUUACAGGUUGAACUGCGAGAGUAUCGCAAGCGUCUUUCUUGGGUAACACAAGGAAACGCGCUUUCAGCUAUCAAUUCAUACCCAGGCAACGCCAACCGCAUGUCCGGGUUGAACAAUAAUGACUUCAUGUUCGAUUUCCCCAAGUUUGGGGAUCUACCCGGAAACCGCAUCUUUAACGGUGGCUCACAAGCCAAGCCCGGCCAGAACAACUCGAAUGAUACCACACCGAUACCUGGGGUUUUACGACAGCCUGCACUCCAAACUUCAGCUAACAGCAGGGGUCCUAACUCUGCUUCUCCCAAGGCAGCCACACCAGCCAAGCCAGCUAACGCAUCACCGGCCACCACACAUGGACGUUCGACGAAUCAGACCCCGAAUUUGUCUGCCUACAAUGUCAACCGACAAACGGGGCAGAGCCAUGACACCUCAAAUUCUGAUUCUCCAUCGUCUUCGUCAGACUCUCAUAACUUCCUGUCGUCUAACGGCACCUCCCCAGAACCUAGCGUACAGUCUCCGGACAAUAAGCCCAGGGAAUCUCACGACGGACACGCUUGCACCAUUGACGGUGAGGGUUCAUUCUGCGCGCAGCUUGGCCUGGCCUGCGGCAACAUUAAUAACCCUAUUCCAGCUGUGAGACACCGGAGCGAAAGCGCGACGAAUACCCCCACCGAGCCAGAGAACACCGAAAAUGUCCCUGGAAUUGAUUUCAUGGCUCAGCAGAACGGAGGCCAGUUUGACCCUCUUCUAUUUGGGGAUUGGCGGGAGCCUCAAGAUGCGAUUUUAUCGCAAGAUUUUAACACGUUCUUUGAUGAUGCAUUCCCAUUGCCUGACCUGGGUAGCCCGUCUCAUAAUCUUAGUGAGGCUGGCACCCAUGCACAGCCCAAGAAGAGCAUUCUUGAUGAGAUUGAUAGUAAGAUGGAUGAGGAAGUCGUGCCAGGGGAGGACAAGGCCCAAAUGAUGUCUUGCAACAAGAUUUGGGACCGAUUGCAAUCCAUGGAGAAGUUCCGUAACGGGGAGAUCGACGUCGAUAACCUGUGCUCCGAACUACGCACCAAGGCUCGCUGCUCUGAGGGCGGUGUCGUCGUGAAUCAGAGGGAUGUGGAUGAUAUCAUUGGCCGUGUCUAA